AUGGGUGGUUCUGAGAGAAAUGAACACCUGAAACAUGGUGAUGGUGCACCUAAACAUAAGCGUCCGAACUUUUUUCGAAAAUUGGGAGAUCGUAUUCUCCGAGCUUUCCACAGGAAGCCUCGUGGUCGUAUAACACGAAUCGAUGAUAGAUACACUCAUUCAACUGGCGACCUUAUUAAUGAUGUACAGGACUCCAGAACAAAAACAACCGAUGACUUUAGUUCCUCCGGUGUUCGAUGUGAACUUCCUGGCCCAUCAUUGAG